GCAGUCGUGUCAAAGUUCACUAUAUAGAGAGCUCAGUGAGCUGAUCAGAGAGAAAGCAUUCUGCCAGCCAGGCUCCUUCCUACCAAUCGCAAAUCACUUUUUCCCUUAAACCCUCCUGCCUUUUUUAACAUAUUUGAUCACUUUGAUUCUCUUUACUCCUUUUUUUCCUAUUAUUAUUCUUCAGUGCAACGGAGGAGGUUUGUAGGUUGUGAGUUUUUUUUUGUAUUUUACUGCUUUUCUUUUUUCUUUGGAGGUGGAGAGAGAGUUGUCUUCAUAUUUUGAGGAUCUCCAAAAAAAAAAAAAAAAAAAAAAACAUUGGCUUCAGCUUUUGCUGCGCGCUUUUUGCUUUUGCUGGCUCUUACCUCACAAGAAGAAAAAGGAAGAAGACGCUGGUGAUUUUUUCCUUCAAGACUUUGGUGCUGGAACUUGACAGUAGCUGCUAUUACAGAGAGUGUUUUUGCUUUCACCAAUUGUUUUCUGCUGCUUGCUGCUUGCUGCUGCAGGCUCGGUCUCACCAGCACCAACCCUGCUGCUGCUGCUCCAUCAUCAUCCUCCUCCACUGACUGACUAGUCCAUGCUACCUCCGGUUAUUAUUUUUAAUAUUUUAUCCUACAUUUCCCCUAUUGAUGGUGAUGGGUGUGCUGGAUGGCUGACUGUAAGCGCCCCUGGACUUGGCCUUUAAGCGCAAGAAGGCAGCGACUCAGCUCGCCAUCGCAUCAGUUUUGACUUGAAAGAAAAAAGAAAAAAAAAACGCGCUUCGUGCAGCAGCAAUAAAAAACCGACAGUUUUCGACAAGGAGAGAAGUGGAUUCAUCUUGUUAGAGGCUUCUAGAUUUGACAUUUUUGUGUGUUAAUCAACCUGAGACAUUCUCCACCACACCUCGACACCAAAAACGGCAGACAAAAAAGUUUCUUUACGUUGACUGAUUCAGAUAUGGCAAUGGUAGUGUGGAGAGGCUCCCAGGACGAUGUGGCUGACACCCAAGGCACCCUUUCCUCGCAAACCCAAGGAGGACUAUCUCUUCCCUCCUCUCAACCGGGCCAGUUGAAUCUGACAGCCUCUCAGGUCGCCCCUCCGACCCCUCAGCAGCAGCAGACUCCGGUCCAACAACAAGGAGCUCCGAACAACAACAACCAGACGAACCAGACGACGACGCAGACGCAGCAGCCGGAGAAGCAGCAGCCGCAGCACAUUGAGUGUGUGGUGUGUGGGGAUAAAUCCAGUGGCAAACACUACGGCCAGUUCACUUGCGAAGGGUGCAAGAGCUUCUUCAAACGGAGCGUGAGACGGAACCUCACUUACACGUGCCGUGCCAACAGGAAUUGUCCAAUCGACCAGCACCACCGCAAUCAGUGUCAGUACUGCCGCCUCAAAAAAUGCCUCAAAGUCGGCAUGAGACGGGAAGUUUCUCUUUUUACUGCAGCCGUGCAAAGGGGACGGGUGCCACCCACACAGCCUCACCACGGUCAGUUCGCCUUGACAAAUGGAGACCCACUGCACUGCCAUUCCUACUUAUCCGGAUAUAUCUCUCUCCUGUUGAGAGCGGAGCCCUACCCGACGUCCCGGUAUGGCAGUCAGUGCAUGCAGCCCAACAACAUCAUGGGCAUCGAGAACAUUUGUGAACUAGCAGCCAGGAUGCUCUUCAGCGCCGUGGAGUGGGCCAGGAAUAUUCCCUUCUUCCCAGACCUGCAGAUCACCGACCAGGUGGCUCUGCUGAGGUUGACGUGGAGUGAGUUAUUUGUGCUCAACGCGGCUCAGUGCUCCAUGCCCCUGCAUGUGGCUCCUCUGCUGGCGGCUGCUGGCCUGCACGCAUCUCCCAUGUCUGCGGACAGAGUGGUGGCCUUUAUGGACCACAUUAGGAUCUUCCAAGAACAAGUGGAGAAGCUCAAAGCUUUGCACGUUGACUCUGCCGAAUAUAGCUGCUUAAAGGCAAUUGUGCUCUUCACCACAGAUGCUUGUGGCCUCUCAGAUGUGGCCCAUGUGGAAAGUUUGCAGGAGAAGUCCCAGUGCGCCCUGGAGGAAUAUGUCCGGAGCCAGUACCCAAACCAGCCAACACGGUUUGGGAAGUUGUUACUCCGCUUGCCUUCCCUCCGCACAGUCUCUUCCUCGGUCAUAGAACAGUUAUUUUUCGUCCGAUUGGUAGGUAAAACCCCAAUUGAAACUCUCAUCAGGGAUAUGUUGCUUUCGGGGAGCAGUUUUAACUGGCCUUACAUGUCAAUUCAGUAAAAACCAAGAAGGAGACGAACAAACAAAAGGUGGGGUUGUUGGGGGGGCUGCGAGACUACAAUGAUUAUAGCUGCUUUUGUGGAAGGAAUAAAAAACCAACCGGCUGUUACACGGGGCUGGCUUUUCAUGAAGAAAGACAUUGACGUAAAUGACUGUGAAUUCACCCCCCUAUACUCCAAAAAAAAAAAAAAUUGAGACAUCCACUGAACUUUCAAAAUGGCAGAUACAAGCUCCCAGUGUUCAUGCAGAAACAACCUGCUUCGAUUCAUUUUUUUUAAUGAAAGAAGAAGAAAAAUGAGGGAAAAAAAGGAUUUUUGUUGAUCCUUAUAAGGAAAAUUUAAGUAUUAAGUGCAUUUAAAAAUGAUAAUUUGGGUAAAAAGAAGAAAAAAAAAUACAGGAGAAAGGGAAAAAUACGAAAACGUGAAUUUUCUUUUCUCAAAAAUGACUUGUCCUGUGUCCAUGUAUAGCUGUGUUUUGUACUUUCUUUGUUCCUCCUUUCUGGUUCCAAACCGGCCUAUGUGAUUUCUGUAGUACAGGUGGUGUUAUUUUCUAAGACAAUGAUUUAUUUUGAAAAGGUGUAAAAAAAAAAAAAAAAAAAAACUAAAAAAAAAAAAAAAAAAGUUCUAAAAAGAAUUAAAACCACAGCAAUAGGAGUAUAGGCUUAUAAUCUAGGCUUAAUGCUGCAAGCGCACUUAUAUUCUUAGGAUGACCAAUACCAUCUGGGAAAAAAAGGGAGUUCUUUUGGAGUUCAUGUUCAACUUUAUGACCCAGCGGAAACAUUUUUGCUCUUUAUUAAUAUGAAGUUACAGGUUGUUUUCCAAAUUAUUUGAGAAGUCUUCCCCAUUUCAUCCAGCUUUGAAUAUUUGGCAUUAGUUCCCCAAUUGGAUACAAUAAAAAAAGUUACCUAUCCUGCUGUUAUAAAGGUAUUUGAGACAGGUUGCUCUAGAUGUGCAUUUUGCAGUGGCUCAAACAGCACUGAAAGCAUAACUGACUUGUUUUAAAACAAGAAUUGGAGAGGUCAAGGGUCAUAAAAGUUUGAAGCCUAGCCAGAGUAGUGUUUAAUAGCAGUAUUAUUAAAGCGUCCCUGAAAUGUCACCCUUUAUUCACUUCAAGCAUUAAGUGCCUGACAAGCAUGAUGUGAUUUCUUAUCAAAACGUUGUUAAAGUAGGCCUACAACAUUUUGGGGGAAAAACACAAUUAGAUUUGAAACUUCAGUCGUGUGUUUUUUCACUUGAAAAACACUUGAUAGAGGCAGUAUUCUUGUAAAUAUAGGUCAAUUCAUUUCAACGAGUUUUUUCCUUUAUACAAAGUAUAUGUGAUUAAGAAAAAAAAUCUGUGGUUGCCAUUUUUUUUUCUCGAUAAUACAACGUCUUCAAAAUUGAGUGGCAGACUUAGACUAGUAGCACUGAAAGUUAUGUUUUUAAUGUAUAUACAUAUUACUACAAAAAUGUUUUCUUUUUCAUGUAUAUUUAGACUGUGAAUGCAUGGCCACAGGUCGCUAACCUAUUUUACCUUUGAUAUAUAAAUGUAAAUGUUUUCUUCUUUCUCUUUUUUGACUGUAUAGAUAUAAUCUGUGCAUUCAGUACACUAGCCCUUGUAUUUAAAAGAAACAAAAAAGAAAAGAAACGACGUUCAUUAUUAUUAGGCUUUCAGACUUAAAACAGGGUGAGCAGGUUUUUUGGGUGGAAAAAAAGGAGUUGAUAUUUUAACUUUAGUGUUAUUGCUCCUUUUUGGUCUUUGACAGGUGCCGUGGCGUGCUUGAGCGUGUGUGCGCGCGCGUGUGUGUGUGCGUGCGUGCGUGUAUUUGGAAAGCUAGCAAUUUUGUCCUUGUUUUUUCGAGGCUUUUCUCUUCAACACACACUGAAAAAACACCAUGUUGUGGUUGAAUUAAAAGGGAUCACUGAUUGAACACUGAUCUUUGGCUGUUCGUGGCCACAUAUGGACCAGAGAAUGAUACAUGAUUGUAAUUAUGAACAGUUUAAACUGACCCACGUUUUUAUAUAUAUAAAUAUAUAAAAAUAUAUGACUGCAGGGUAUUGAUAACGUAUAGAUACUUUUUUUAUGAUUAUCAUUAUUAUUAUUAUUAUUAUUAUUAUUAUUAUUAAUUGCAAGUGAUAUAUGUGAGUGUGUGUGAAAGUUUAUAGUUGAAACACAAUUCUUGUUUGUUUGUGUUAGCUUAUUGUAAACAAGCAUUCUGCUGUAAAUUUGUUCUUGGUAUUAAAUUAUAAUUUAUGAAUUUGAAAA